CUGGAGCCGACGCUGGAGCGAGCUCUGGGGCUGGAGCGGACAGUGGAGCGAGCUCUGGGGCUGGAGCCGACAGUGGAGCCAGCUCUGGGGCUGAAGCCGACACUGGACCAAGCUCUGGGGUUGGAGCCAACAGUGGACCGGGAUCAGGGGCUGGGGCCGACAGUGGAGCAAGCUCUGAAGGAGCGGGCACUGGAGGGCACUCUGGAAGGCACUUGGAGGUACUUGGAGGUUCCUUAAGGUCAUCAUUCAAGGUCCGGUCAUCUGUCACGCUUCUCAAGCAGGGAACAGGGAGACAAGGAAUUCUUUAAAUAACAGGCUUUAUUGCUCCAAGAAAGACAUUCAAGACCAGACUCCAAAGACAGGGAAACACAGGGUUUAGGUACAGAACUAAAUGAAGAAUAAUAUAGAUAAUUAAAGACACAGGGCUGGGGACUAAUAAAAAUUAGUUAUUUAGAACUAAACAAGGACAGGAACAGGAAUUCCAAAUAUGGUCACAAGAGGGAGGGAAUUGGAACUUGUGUUAAUUUGUAGAAUUGUACUUGUGUUUGUUGCUUUAUACUUGUAUACAUUUAUUGUUGUUUUCUAGUUUUGUUUAAACUGAUGGUUUUUCUUAUGUCUUGAUUUUGCAUCUAUGUUGACGUGUGUUUUUGUUUUGCACUUGUUUAUCUCUGUUCAUGCACAUGAGAGAUUAAAGUUCUGUCAUCUGAGGCUGUGUGAGUUGUUGUUGGGUUUUUUUGUGUGUGUCGGAAACAGCGAUGUCUGUCGCCUGCUAUUUUUAUGUUUGUGGUUUCAUCGCGUGCCAGCGCCAACUUUUUGUGACCGUUUGACCCUGACAGAGCAAAACAGUACUGAUGACAACCCACACUGAGAGGAAGUGAAACCAUCUUGGUGAUAUUUGGAGAUGACCACCUCCGUUAUUUCAUUACUUGCUUGUAUGAUAUCGAAUGUGUCUCUUCUGGAUGUCUUUUGGUGAGCCCAUGAUGGUGGAGCAUUGAGGAUACAAGAUCAAGAAGGGAAGUCAGAAAUAUUUCAGAGAAAGAGUUUGAGCUGUAGACCAGACCAGAGUGAUGUUUGCCCCUGAACAGGAGCUUCUGAGCUCUUCCAAACCCAUCAAAUACGGAGAGAUCAUCAUCCUCGGCUACAACGGCUCCCUACCGAAAGGAGACCGGGGAAGAAGAAGGAGUCGUUUUGCUCUUUUUAAGAGACCCAAAGCCAGUGGAGUCAUACCCAGCACCGUCCACAGCACAUGCAGUCUACAGACCGCCAAGGCCAUCAGCAACAAAAAUCAGCACAGUGUGUCGUAUACGCUGUCCAGGGCCCAGACGGUAGUCGUGGAGUACACACACGACAGCACCACUGACAUGUUUCAGAUCGGCAGGUCCACUGAAAGCCCCAUUGAUUUCGUGGUGUUGGACACGGUGCCUGGUUGUCACAACAAAAGUGGCACGAUGUCAUCUCAGAGCACUAUAUCACGAUUCGCGUGUCGGAUCAUGUGUCAGAGAGCGCCGCCCUACACCGCGCACAUCUACGCCGCUGGCUUCGACUCGUCCAAAAGCAUCUUCCUGGGGGAGCAAGCGGCGAAAUGGUGGUGCUCUGACAGCCAGAUGGACGGCCUGACCACCAACGGUGUAUUAGUGAUGCGACCGCAGCACGGCUUCACCUGCGAGUCCAGAGCAGGCUCCUGGAGAGAGAUCUCAGUCUGCGGCAAUGUCUUCACCCUCCGAGAGUCUCGGUCCGCUCAGAAACAUGGAAAACCGCUGGUGAAUGAGUGUCACGAGCUGGUGGAUGGAACUUUAAUCGAUCUGUGCGGUGCGACUCUUCUGUGGCGUUCGGCGGAGGGUCUGUCACACACACCGACCCCCAAACACCUGGAGGUGCUGUGGAGGGAGCUGAACGCGGCGCGGCCCCAGUGUCACGUGGGCCUGCACACCCUGGCCUUCCCCAGCCUGGAGCGCCCCGACCACCAGCUCUGGGCCUACCUGAGCUGCGGCCACGUGCACGGACAGCACAGCUGGAGGGGCUCCUUCAAGGAGGACGAGUCCCAGAGUGGAGAGGAGCCGGGGCUGGAGCAGGGCGAGUGUGAGUGCCCGCUGUGCUGCACCCGGGGCCUGUACGUGCCUUUGAAGCUGGGCCUUGAGUCGGGCUUCUACCUGGACUCCGCGCCCCCCACGCACGCUUUCAGCCCCUGUGGACACGUGUGCUCGGAGCGCACUGCCACCUUCUGGAGCAGACAGCUGCUGCCACAAGGCACUCAACGCCUCUGUCCCGCCUGCCCCUUCUGCAUGCAGCCGCUCACCCGCCACAGAAAGAGCGUCAGGCUCAUCUUUCAGGGGUCACUGGACUGAGUGUGUGUGGCUGCAUCACUAAUCACCAGCUACAGCCUUAAAGGGUUACUCCACCCAAAAAUGGAUUUAACCCAUGCUUCACUCACCCUCAAGGCAUCCCAGGUGUAAAUGACUUUCUUCUUUCAGACCAAUCCAAUCAGAGUCAUAUGUGGAGCACAAAACCAGUCUUAAGUAGCAGGG